AUGGCGACUGAGGCGGAGAAGUCAGCGGUGGACCAAGGUCACACCGCUGAGAGUGCAAUUGCUCCGCCUCCGGCUCCUGCUGCCGAUGUUGCUGUUGCUGCUGCUCCCCCACUCCCCUUGGCUCCUCCCGCGGUGGUUGCGACGUCCGCGGUUCCGCUUCCUCUGUCGCCGGCUCCCCCACCGAGCCUUCCGCACGCAGUUCCCGUGUCCGGCGCGCCGGUUCCCGUUGCGCAGCCGAUGCCUGGGGCGCAGCCGCCCGCUCGAGCUGUCCCAGGGGGCCCUGCGCUGGGGACAGCGGUGGGCGUCGGCCUCGAUUCUGCCCCCUUGGUUGCCCCUUCGGCUGCGCCGGUGAAUCCCGUCGCGCAGCAGCCCGCGGAGUCCCAGAUGCCCGCUGCCGCGGGGGGCAAUGCGGCAGCGCAUCGGGGGCGAGGUUCUCCUCGUCGUCGUCCCUCCUCGUCAUACCGUUCGGCACACCGCGGUGGUCGCGGUAGCUGGUGGGGAGGUCACGGGCGCGGGCGCGGAGGGCCGAGCGAGAUGCAGCAGCUGCGCGAGGAUUUCCCGGGGAUGCUGGCUGCGGCGAUGCGCAACGCUCUGAAUGGCGCACCGAAUCUUGGUAGCUCCCCGGCACCUGCCGCUCCUGCGCCCGCGCCUGCUCCUGUGAAUGCGCAGGUGCUGGCCGCGCCCCUUGCUGCACCUGCUCCCCAUGCAUCUGCGUACCCACGGGCUCCAGCUCCUGGAGGGCUUGCUUCUCGUUCUUUCCAUCAACUCCUGCCGUCUGCCUUCCUCUUCCUCCUCCCCAUCACCCUUUCCUCUCUUCCGCUGCCUUCUCCCUUCCAGCCGCCUCCCUCUCCCCCAUCACCCUUUCCACUCACAUCCGUCUCCCCUCCCUACUCUCUCUCCUUUUUUGCUUCAUCCCUGCUUACUCUUCCCCGUGUGUGCUGUCUUGUGCUUUCCACUCCCCAUCACCCUUUCCACUCAUCUGCUGCCUUUUCCACUCACCCUUUCCAAUCACCUCCCUCUUCCCCAUCACCCUUUCCACUCACAUCCAUCUCCCCUCCCUACUCUCUCUCCUUUUUCCCUACCCAUCUCCCCUCCCUACUCUCACUCCUUUUUCCCUUCAGCCCUGCUUGCUCUUCCAGUGCCUUGUGCUUUCCACUCCCCUCCCCUCAUCUUCACCUUUUCCAGCCGUAUCCAUCUCCCUUCUCUUCCCUCCCUCCCCUCUCUCUGCCGCAAUUUCCACCUCAUCUCCCCCCACCUCCCCUUUCUCCCCUCCCUCCGCCCCCUUAA